AUGAUGAAGGAGGCGGCGCCAAAGGAAGACAAGCACAUCACCGAACAUCUUUGUACUGACCAGCAGGAGCCAGAGCCCCUUCACAUUAAAGAAGAAGUGGAGGACGAUGAGAGUACUUUGAAACAACACAUGAGAACACACAGCGCUGAGAAACCUUUUGUCUGCAUACAUUGUGGCCAAAGAUUCUCUCAGAAGGAACACUUAAAAGGACACACAGGAACCCACACUGGUGAGAAACCUUUUGCCUGCUCAGUUUGUGGGCAAAGAUUCUCUGUCAAGGGAAACAUAAAAACACACACAAGAACCCACACUGGUGAGAAACCUUUUGCCUGCUCAGUUUGUGGUCAAAGAUUCAUUGAAAACAGAAGCUUAAAAACACACACAAGAACCCACACUGGUGAGAAACCUUUUGCCUGCUCAGUUUGUGGUCAAAGAUUAAUUGAAAACAGAAGCUUAAAAAGACACACAAGAACCCACACUGGUGAGAAACCUUUUGCCUGCUCAGUUUGUGGUCAAAGAUUAAUUGAAAACAGAAGCUUAAAAAGACACACAAGAACCCACACUGGUGAGAAACCUUUUGCCUGCUCAGUUUGUGGUCAAAGAGUCAUUGAAAACAGAAGCUUAAAAAGUCACACAAGAACCCACACUGGUGAGAAACCUUUUGCCUGCUCAGUUUGUGGGCAAAGAUUCUCUGUCAAGGGAAACUUAAAAACACACACAAGAACCCACACUGGUGAGAAACCUUUUGCUUGCUCAUGCUCCUUCUAUGUCUACCGCCACGCAGCCAAGCUCUUCCACCUUCCCAUGGUUUCACUUCCUACCCGUUCCCUGUUCCAACGGACCACCAUCGCCCCUCAGAUGUCCUACCCGCUGAACGUUUAA